AUGCCGGCCCCAUCACUGCUUCACCUGGCCACAGCCACGGCUAUUCGCUUUGUGAAAGAUCUGGAUGAUCUGGGCGCGAUGCCGUACUCACUUGCGCGCCCUAUCUUGCUUAAUAUUCAUAACCCUGAAAAGCUGCAUGCUAUGGAGCUCGCAUCCCCACACCUCGCCGAAGAAGAUGAAGAACUGUGGCUUGAGCUUAUUAAACGAGAUAUCCCGGAUUGGGAGAAGUAUCAACUCCCGGAAAGUACCAACAACUGGUAUGGGGUCUAUUGUGAUCUCCACGACCAAGUCCAACGUUCCCUUGACGCCGAUGCAGAGAGAAUGAAGAUGGCAAUUGAUGGCAUUAGUGCCAAGCGUGCACUCCUCACUCCGAAGCUUAUCCCUGAGGGCAAGGGCUUGCGCAUGGCUGGAUCACGACCCUCCGUGCGACAACGUCAUGCUACAUAUGAUCGCAGGAUGGUCGGGCAUGAUAAGAAGCCCAGCAUCUUCCAGCCGCAGAAGCGCAACACCGCGCUGACAAUGCCGACCAAGUCUCUCAACAAUCGUGCCUCGCAAGUCAAGCGCGCGCCAAUUGGCUUGGUUGAAGAACACCGCCGCCCCGGCGAGCAGUCGACACCACAGCCGAUGUCAAAGCCGCAACCACUUGCCCCACGCAUCAGCCGCCCCAGCACGCUUUCACCCUCACUCCAGCACCCUGUGCUGGCCCGGAAUGAGGCGCGACUACGCGCACUGACUUCCGCCGCCUCCUCCUCUUCCUCACCCUCGCCCCGUGUUGCAUCUAGCAGCGAUGCGCCCAGCGCAAAGAAGUCACCGGCUGUGGCCACCGAUCCCAAGCUGAAGCGCCGUGCAACUUCCCCGCCUCACAGUGCAGAGACAUUCUCCUCUUCUUCAUCCCUCCCCGCUCCUCCCAUUUCUUCUCUUCCUUCCUCCCGCCCGCCUUCCUCCGGGCCUCCUCCGCCCCGCUCGGGCAUCAUGCGUCGACGCCCAGCGCCAAGCAUUUUCAUGCCCGCAAAGCGACGACACAUGUCGUGA